GGGCUUGCGGAGAUGUGAUGCAGGAUGGAAUGAUGAGUUAAAGUAUGAAGAGGAAAGAGAGAAAGUGGGGAAGGUCCUGAAGCAGCUCCAAGAGGAUGAGUUGGCAGUUCUACGGGUUAUAGAUGUAAUGCAGCGGAUGUGCAUCGACCACCAUUUCCAACACCUCAUCGCAUCCAUCUUGCACAUACAAUAUACACACUGCACCUUGUCUGGAUCUCCUGCCACUACUCCUAAAGACGACGAUGAUGAUGAUCUUUAUCACAUUUCUCUUCGUUUCAGAUUACUUAGACAAAGUGCCUAUUAUGUCCCCUCAGAUGCUGUGUUUGGCAAGUUCACCGAUGAGAAGGGAGAGUUUAAGAAGGAAUUAAGAGAAGACAUAAAGGGGCUUGUGGCACUGCACGAAGCAUCCCAUUUAUGCAUAGGAGGAGAAGACGACGCCAUUUUGGAGAAAGCUGCAAGGUUUAGUACUGAAUGCCUGCUGGCUGCGGCGGCAAAAAAGGAAGGCGAUGAUGAUGAUGGUGAGAUUCGAAGAACCUUAGAGUACCCUUAUCAUAAGAGCUUGGCCAGGUUUACGGCCAAAACCUUUGUUGAGAAGAUGAGGGUUGAACACGAAUGGGAAGCCACCUUGGCCAGCUUUGCCACUUUGGAUCACGCCAUGCUGCAAUCACUGUAUGAAGAUGAAAUCCACCAAGUUCUCCAGUGGUGGAAAGGGCUCGGGAUAAUGGAAGAGUUGGCGAAGAACAGACAGUUCAAGUGGUACAUCUGGUCAUUGACCAUCAACCCUUAUUCCCAUUUAUCCACAGAGAGGGUGGAGCUCACCAAGCAAGUCUCCCUUGUAUACCUUAUUGAUGACAUUUUUGACGUUUAUGCCUCGCAUCAUCAGACCACUCAAUUUGUACAAGCAAUUUGCAGAUGGGACAUUUCCGUGGCAGAGGGACUGCCGGAUUAUAUGAAGACGUGUUUGGCCGUACUUUUUGAUACAACUAGUGAAAUCAGCAAUCAUGUUUUAAAAAAAUUUGGCUGGAACCCUAGUAACCAGUUAAAAUUGCAGUGGGAAAGGUUGUGUAGAGCAUUCAUAAGUGAAGCAAAAUGGUUGAGAAGGGGGGAUUCGAUGACCAUAGGGGCUGAUGAGUACUUGAAAAAUGGGAUUGUGACAACAGGAAUUCCCUUGAUUGCCACCACCGCCUUCUUUAUGUUAGGACAUGGUGGAGCCGAAGAGCCCACCGGAACAGAAGCUAUCCAGCCCAUUGUCACUUCAUUAGCAGCCAUUCUUCGCCUCUUAGAUGACCUUGAUGCCACUCUGGGUGAGAAACAAAAUGGAAAAGAUGCAUCGUAUCUGGAGUAUUACUUAAGGGAACACCCAGGCAUGUCAUUGGAUGAUGGAAGAGAAAUGGUAAUGAACAUGGUUACAGAACAGUGGAAGCUAGUCAACAGGGAAUGCCUCUUUUCGACCACCAUCCCAUUUUCGUUCAGGCAGUCUUGCUUAACUGGUGCCAGAAUGAUUCCAAUGAUGUACAACUACACUGACCGCCAAUGCCUACCCAUCCUGCACCGCCAAAUCAUGUCCAUGCUUUCUACUGCUGAUGAAAAAAUCACUUCCUCUGCUUUUCUUGGCUUGCUUCGGACUUAAAGAAUGUUGGAUUCAAAACAUGCCGCGCAUGCCUACAACAAGUUAAGAUAAGGACGUCGUUACGUUCCUUAUUGGGGCAGACAAGUCUUCAACCUAAGGCGCUCAUACCAUACUUGUAUUAUAUAUAUACACCAUAUAUGUGUGCAUGUGUUGUGUUUGUGUGUGUAUCAAAAAAAGUUGUAUUUCAUACUCCAUCGUUUUAUGCAAGAGUAGUAAUAAAUGUGCAUCUUUGGCAUUUUUCUCUAUCGGUUUAAUAAAAU